AUGCUGAGCAGGUUGAUGAGCGGCAGCAGCAGGAGCCUGGAGCGCGAGUACAGCUGCACCGUGCGGCUGCUGGACGACAGCGAGUACACCUGCACCAUACAGAGAGAUGCCAAAGGCCAGUACCUGUUCGACCUUCUUUGCCACCACCUGAACCUACUUGAGAAAGACUAUUUUGGAAUCCGCUUUGUGGACCCAGAUAAGCAGCGGCAUUGGUUGGAGUUUACCAAGUCCGUGGUGAAGCAGCUGAGAUCCCAGCCUCCAUUCACCAUGUGCUUCCGUGUGAAAUUUUACCCAGCAGACCCUGCUGCCCUGAAAGAAGAAAUAACCAGGUAUUUAGUCUUCCUACAGAUCAAAAGAGAUCUCUACCAUGGCCGCCUCCUCUGUAAAACGUCGGAUGCUGCCUUGUUAGCGGCUUAUAUCCUUCAAGCGGAAAUUGGAGAUUACGACCCAGGGAAACACCCUGAAGGCUACAGCUCCAAGUUCCAGUUUUUCCCUAAACACUCAGAAAAGCUGGAAAGGAAAAUUGCUGAGAUUCACAAGACAGAACUCAGUGGCCAAUCACCAGCAACAUCAGAGCUGAACUUCUUAAGAAAAGCGCAGACAUUGGAGACAUAUGGAGUGGACCCUCACCCAUGCAAGGAUGUGUCAGGAAACGCUGCCUUUCUGGCCUUCACACCUUUUGGGUUUGUGGUUCUUCAAGGAAACAAGAGGGUCCACUUCAUUAAAUGGAAUGAGGUGACCAAGCUGAAAUUUGAAGGGAAAACUUUCUAUUUAUACGUAAGUCAGAAAGAGGAAAAGAAAAUCAUUCUCACAUAUUUUGCACCCACUCCAGAAGCCUGCAAGCACCUCUGGAAAUGUGGAAUUGAGAACCAAGCCUUCUACAAGCUGGAGAAGUCGAGCCAAGUCCGCACGGUGUCGAGCAGCAAUUUAUUCUUUAAAGGGAGCCGGUUUCGAUACAGCGGGCGAGUCGCUAAGGAAGUCAUGGAGUCGAGUGCCAAGAUCAAACGGGAACCACCAGAAAUACACAGAGCCGGGAUGGUUCCCAGCCGGAGCUGUCCCUCCAUAACGCACGGCCCGAGGCUGAGCAGUGUCCCCAGGACCCGCAGAAGAGCCGUCCACAUCUCUAUCAUGGAAGGCCUGGAGUCCCUGCGGGACAGCGCCCAUUCUACCCCCGUGCGUUCCUCCUCCCACGGGGACACCUUCCUGCCUCACGUGAGAAGCAGCCGGGCAGACAGCAACGAGCGGGUGGCCGUGAUCGCAGACGAGGCCUACAGCCCUGCCGACAGCGUGCUGCCCACUCCGGUGGCCGAGCACAGCCUGGAGCUGCUGCUGCUCUCCCGGCAGGUCAACGGCGCGACCUGCAGCAUUGAGGAGGAGAAGGAGUCUGAGGCCAGCACCCCAACUGCUUCAGAGGUGGAGGCCCUCCGAGGAGAGCUCAGGGCCCUGUGUCAGGGGCACGGCGGGCCAGAGGAGGAACAGGUGAAUAAGUUUGUUUUAAGUGUCCUCCGUUUGCUCCUUGUGACCAUGGGACUCCUCUUUGUUUUGCUCCUCCUCCUGAUCAUCCUUACCGAGUCUGACCUUGACAUUGCCUUUUUCCGCGAUAUCCGCCAGACCCCCGAGUUUGAACAAUUCCACUAUCAAUACUUUUGUCCCCUCAGGCGAUGGUUUGCCUGCAAAAUCCGCUCAGUGGUGAGCCUGCUCAUUGACACCUGAGAAGG